AAAGCGGAGCCUUAUAACCGCCCGCUGCCUCCAACACACACCCCACCGGCUGCUGCUGCCGCUACUGUAUCUGACACUGACGGUAUCUGGGGAGGCAGCACCGCCUUAUUUCUCCGGUAAAUUAUCAAAACAACAACUACUGUCAUUUCCACACUCGCUUCCUGGGCUUUUUUCCCUCCACCCCUGGAGUUACUGCAACUGUUUUGGGAAGAGUGAAGACGACAAAAACACUCAUUAUUUUUUUGAGUCAUGGAUCGGUGCAGGAGAAAAUCAAGGUGUCCUUGUGCUUGCGUUUAAUGCUGUUACACCUCACGCCUCUCCACUGAGCAUCUCUGCAGCCACAAACCAGCCAUGAUGCUGGCUUUGCACAGGAUAGCAGGCACCACCAUCAGCACCUUAACAACAGGUGUCCAGUAUCUCGGCUCCAACGACGCCAUCUACGACGACCCCUCCGUUGACUUGAGCCUGAGCAAGAAUGGAUUCCACUUUGAGAAGCCUCACUCCGCCUCGAUCAGCAGUGCCUUCCCUGGAAAUAAGGAGAUCAUUUACAGCGCCCUCGCUCCCAUUUUUCCCACCAACGUGUCAGACUUCAUAGCGGGUAAUGUCACCUCUUUGGAGAGCGGAGGGGCGAUGCAGUGUGGGGAGAACUUUGAGGACAACAUGGAGUGUUUUAUGAUCCUCACUCCUGGUCAGCAGCUCGCGGUCGCCAUCUUGGCACUCACUUUGGGUACAUUUACAGUGCUGGAGAACCUCAUGGUGCUGUGUGUAAUCCUACACUCCCAGACACUUCGAUCGCGGCCUUCGUACCACUUUAUAGGCAGCCUGGCUGUGGCUGAUCUCAUUGGAAGCAUCAUUUUUGUGUACAGCUUCCUGGACUUUCAUGUCCUCCACAGAAAGGACACCCCUGAGGUUUUCCUCUUCAAGCUAGCCGGGGUUAUCGCCUCCUUCACGGCAUCUGUGGGCAGCUUGUUCCUCACUGCGAUCGACCGCUACAUCUCCAUCCACAGGCCUCUGGCGUACAAGCGCAUCGUCACAAAGACCAAAGCAGUCAUCGCCUUCAGUUUGAUGUGGACCAUCUCCAUCGUCGUCUCACUGCUGCCGCUGCUGGGAUGGAACUGCAAGCGUCUCGGCACCGUCUGCUCUGACAUUUUCCCUCUGAUUGACCAGAAGUACCUGAUGUUCUGGAUUGGGAUGACGAGCAUCUUGGUCUUGUUCAUCAUCUACGCCUACAUGUUUAUCCUCUGGAAGUCCCACAACCACGCCGUCCGCAUGCUGAGCCGCAGCUCCCAGAGGAGCGUGAUCGUCUACACCGCGGAGGGGACUAAAGUGCAGACGGUGAGGCCCGAGCAGGCCCGGAUGGACCUGCGUCUGGCUAAAACCCUGGUCCUGAUUCUGGUGGCCCUCAUCAUCUGCUGGGGCCCUCUCCUAACCAUCAUGGUUUACGACCUCUUCGGGAAGGUGAACGACUUCAUCAAAACUAUUUUUGCCUUUUGCAGCAUGCUCUGCCUGCUCAACUCCACCGUCAACCCUGUGAUCUACGCCAUGAGGAGCAAGGACCUGCGCAGGGCCUUCCUCAACAUCUGCCAUAUGUGCCGGGCAGCGACGCAGCCUCUGGACAACAGUGCUGAGAGUGACUGGAACAGCAGGAGUGUGAGAGCCACAGCAGGCAGGGCGGGGAAGGAUGGAGGCGGGGAAGGAUGCGGAAAGACUCGAAUAAAAGUAGCCCAGGUUACUGUUUCAGGGGUGACUGAGAGUUCUACUGCAGAUCCGGUCUAAAAACAGGCUGCCCUGCUCUGGUUCAACUGUGAAGUCAAUUAGUGUAGAAUAGUUCCCAUCCUUUUAGUCCACUGCUCUGUGACUGUGAAAUGUGCCAAAAAAAAUUACUUGGGUAAAUGAAAAACAAGUUUCUGUUGUUUUUUUUUAUGCUGAAAUCCGUAAUAUUAUACCAUUGUGCUCUCUGUGUGCUGGAGUGUGAAGGCUCUAAAACUGCUUUAUUCUGUUAUUGAGGAAUGGGUUGCACAACACUGACUGACUAGGAGAAUCUUUGAAUCUAAAUUGAAAAGAUAUUGUUGCAUUUCUAAGAACCAGGGCAUUUUUGUUUUCUCUACAACAGCUGGUAGAAAGACACUAUUAUGCUUUGUCAUCUUUGCUGUAGUGUGAAUGUGCAGAAAUUAUAGCAGAUUUCAGCUUUAAGGACAAAAAAAAUGGCUUUUACUUUUGUCUCUUCAUUUUUUAAACAUAUUACGUUAUAGAGCAAUAUUGUGGCCGUGAUGCAAGGUGAAACUGUGUCUACCUUCAUGCAAAACGUCAGUUUUAAAUGAGAGAACACUGCUUGUAAAGUAAAAUUGGCAUCUCAUUAGUGAUUUCAAAAUGACUGUUGAUGACUUUGUAAGACCAUGAUAUUGUGACGUUUGGCACUUGUUCCGUUUUAUAUAAUUCUGCCCUUUAUAUUUAUUUAUUUAUUUUGCAAAGCAAAAUGGUGGGAUCUACUUUGAAAUAAGUGGCUUUCUGAUCAAAUCGAAACGUUUGUCUGUAGUGAUUUGAGAAUGUUACAUUGCUGCUUUUGACAGAUGUGCAUAUACAACAGUGACAGCAUUACGUGCAAAGCUAUACUGCCAUUUUCCUGUGAAGCAUCCAUUGUGCCAUUUUGUCCAAUAACAGUGUGUAAAUGCAAGGAUGUGUUGAAAAAAAUAUGUGAAAUGUCUAUUUUUAUCAUGUAAUUUUGUCAACAUACCUGGUAUCUUUUUUUCAAUAAAAGGAUGAAAUCAGCCUA